GGGUUCAGAAGAGGGGUAAGCCCGGUGGUGAAGGGAGACCAACGCGGCCCCCCUUCAUCUCCUCCAAUUUGGGUUAUUUUCGGAAUUCUAAUGAUAGCAAAUCCCCUCCGACCACAGCCAAUCGAUCAGAAAAGUCGCGGACCCGAGGGAACGGAACCCAAUGGGCGGAGGGUUAAAAAUACGUUUAAGCGCCCGUCGUGUGCCGUCGCCAGCAUGGCUGCAGCCGCUUAUGCACGUUCCACACCGUCUUGCUGUGGCUAUUGGUGGAUUCGACAGAUGGAAAUUAACCCUUCGGGCAUCUGGUCUGACGUCUUGCUCAGGGAGUGACAGCACCGCAUUAGGUCGAAUCCGGUCAAAAGACACUGGAUGUGGUGUUGGGGUCCACAGGAGGCCAAUAGCGACGGCGUCCUGCAUUUGCAGCUCGCCGAAAUGGGUCUUCAACUGCACCAGGGAAGGGGAUGGAGGAUUAGUUAAUUACCUAGGAGCCGUGGAGCCAUCCCCAUUCGCGUCACCAGGAACCCAAUCAACAGCCGUGUUACACGCCCAUCCCCGCUGUGAUUGCUUUCGGAGAAUUGGCGCAGGAGCUGAUAAGAAGUUGCAGGGACUAUUGAUUUCCUGCAGAUGCACGGCGGUAUCCCUGGGGUCCUGAGAGGGUGAUUCUGGGAUGGCGUGGGCAAGGUUUACGUU